UAUUGUUUUCAAACCGAAGUUCAUUUAAUAUUCAUUCUAAGCUCUCGUGCUUCUGAUAUUCUCUUCACGCUGUCCAAGCGCGCCGCAGCAAUUGAGUUACCGAGCUAGCAAGCCUAUUCGUGACUUGUUAAAGCCCGUUUAGCGAUCAUCCAAUGACUGCAUAUGUUGGAAGGACAGCGAGUUGGCAGAAAGGAGAAGAUGUUAUUGGAGCGUCAGGAAUCAUUCAGCACAGACCUGAGACUACAGUCUGUGGUAUCAUGAAAUAGGCACACAUGCGGGUGGUUUUAAUACAUCGGACUGCUGCUGUUUAACCACUGGAUUUCAUUUUAACUUAAUCCAUGGGCGCCGAUUAAGCUGCGCAUAACCUGCAUUCAUCGCCUCAAGCCAAGACUUGGUGAUACCAGGACAAGCUAGCUUGACUGCCAAUACUGCAAAGCGAGGCUAGCUAGUGGAGAUCGUUCUGGUGAUUCUGUGGGACUGACAGAUGUGUGACGUCACGGGGAGCCAGCAGCCUCGACCCACGGAGAUUUGAAUUCCGGGAGAGUGAGAGGGAGGUGUCCUGGGGUCAGUGGAAGAUGCUGGGUUCAGAGAGAGGAGUGGUGGAGGAAUGGCUUUCAGAAUUCAAGGCUUUACCUGAGACCCAGAUAUCCAGCUAUGCUGCCAGUCUCCACCUGAAGAAGUCCCUGGUGCCGGCGCUCUACAGAGUAGUUCAGGACCCCAGCAAUGAGCUGCUGGAGCCGGUGUGUCACCAGCUGUUUGAGCUCUACCGCAGCGCCCAGGAGAGGCUCCGCCGGUUCACCCUCCAGUUCCUGCCCGAGCUCAUCUGGGUGUACCUGCGUGUCACCGCCAGCAGGGACCGCCAGAGCAACGGCUGCAUCGAAGCCCUGCUGCUGGGCAUCUACAACCUGGAAAUCGUUGACAAAGACGGAAAUGGCAAGACGCUGUCCUUCACAAUCCCUUCCCUCUCCAAACCUUCGAUAUAUCAUGAGCCCUCCAGCCUGGGGUCCAUGGCGCUGACGGAGGGGGCGCUCAGCCACCAUGACCUCAUCAGGGUGGUGUACAGCGGCCUCCACCCUCAGAGAGAGACCUUCACCGCCCAGAACAGGUUCGAGGUGCUGUGUUUCCUGAUGCUGUGCUAUAACUCCGCCGUGGUCUACAUGCCCGCCUCCUCCCACCAGGCUGCCUGCAGGAUGAGCUCACGGCUGUGCGUGUGCGGGUUCCCGCGGCAACAGCAGAAGUUGUGGAGGGAUCCGUGUAACAGAGUGGUUCUGGACGCUGAGUUCAUGGUGCAGAUGCUGACCGCGGUUUACCAUGCCAUAUACAAUGGAGAGUGGGACCUGGGGAGAGAGGCCCUGGAGGACAUCCUGUACAGAGCUCAGCUGGAGCUGUAUUCACAGCCUAUUCUGGUGGCGAACGCCAUGAAGAGCUCCUUGCCCUCCAGCGCCCCCGACGGAUCCCGCGGGCGUAAGAUCCUGCAGGUGGAGGUGACGCCCACCGUGAGCCGGAUCUCGCGCUCUGCCAUCACCGCCGCCUCCAUCCGACGGCACCGCUGGAAGAGAGAGGAUUGUUUUGACCACUCGAGCGAAGCAGAGCUGCGCAUCGUCGUCACGCCCGGCGGCCACGCCCCCUCGGAACCGUCGGCCGGCACCGAGCCAAGAGGGAGGGGCCAGCUUGGCUUGCCCCUGGCCACGCCCAAGGAUGCUGACGGCAUGAGCGGGGGUGAGGACUCCUUCAACCUGAAUGACCCAGACGAGGGCUUUUCCUCGGGGGCGUCCAACAGCAGCCAGCGGGGCGGGAGCAGGGGCGGGGCGGGCGCGGCCCAGAGGAGCGCGGGGCUGAAGAAGGGCCUGGUGGCGCGGCUGUCCCGGGACCGGGAGGCCGGCCUGCCCAAGCACAGCAAGGAGCUCCCGGCCGACCCCCAGGCCGUGCUGCGGAGACACCACCAGCGGCAGCAGUCCCCGCCGCCGCCCGCCAUCACGCUGGACGCCAUCGAGCUCAGCCCCAUGAAGAAGCGCCUGAGCUUCCCGGCCGGGCAAAGCCUGGUGCGGACUUCCAGCACCUCCUCCAGCAGGUCGUUCGACUGCAUGAACGUGAGCCUGAACGGCAGCCGGGCGGGGGCAGGCUCGCAGGAGGGGAACCUGGGGACGCUGGGCAGCCUGAGCGUGGGCGGGGCACACCGCUUCUCCACCGUCAGCCUGCAGGAGGAGCGUCUGGCCCGACCGGAGGAGACCCAGGCCCUGCUGUCCCCCGGGACGCCCCUCACCAAGCAGUCCCGCUCGCCCAGCUUCAACAUGCAGAUCAUCUCCCAGGUGUAGAGGGCCUGGCUCUCCCGCCGGCUCCUCCCCCGGGCCACGCCCUGCCGCCGUGUCACCGGGGGAGGCUCCGCCUCUUCACCCUUACUCUCUCCACUCGAGGGCGGAAUUUACAUCGUUCCCACUCGGGGGGGCGGGGGAGGGCUCAAGUCCCGUCGAGGUGCUGUGAGUGACAGGCCACGAUAGGAUGGCUGCUCUCUCUAAACUCACAUCCUGGAUAGGAUCAGCUCUACUGCAAACAUGUACAGAACUGUAAAGGCAGCCAGCGGUACAAGUUUGCAUUAGAGUGUACCGGCCUCACACUGGCAGUCUGCAGGAUACCUGUCCUCCCAGCAUCCUUUCUGACCAAACGGAGCAUUCCAUGUCCUCUCCUUGUGGGGGGGUUAAAAAGUUCACACAAAACGCAAAACAAAAUCAAACAAAUGAGCAGGGAGAAAGAAAAAAAAAAUCUAUUCUAAGUUAUGAUUAUCCAUUCUGAGAAAAAAUAAUUGUUGUGGGUCUGAUGUAAUUUAUCUUGAGAUAAAAAAAUGAAAAAAAUAGUCUAUGUUUUGUAUUGAAUCAGCAAUAAGACUAUCGUUUGUGAGAACAGAGUGGAUCGUUGUAGUUUGUCAUGCCUUCUUGUUUAUCCUUGGGUGAUGUGCAAUCAAGAUUCUGAUUAUUGUUUUUUUAUUUUCAAUAUAUAUUUAUAUGGGUAUGCUCUUUCAGUCUUGUCUGCUUAAAGAAUGACUUCCCAAAGACACUGCUGUUCCUCAAAUCUUUAGAGUGAUUUUAACUAAAUUGAAAUGGAGACACUGGUGUUGACUGUUCCACUGUAAACUUGGAUUUAUUUUUUCAUAAGGUAAAGUUUUUGCUUAUCUGAGACUCUUUUUGUUGAAUUAUAUAUCCUUGUGACUGAAGCCCAGACUCGAAUGGGGAAGUGAUGACCAGACCUUUUGACCAGAUUUUGAAUCUUCGACUGAAAACCACAGCACCAAAGUGGUGGGCCAGAAUUUUGAAGAUUUGUAAAAAAAAAGUGAAAAAAAGUAUAUGCUGCUGUAUGAUUUUUUUAAUAAGAACAGGGAACAGAAAAGGUGUAUCUGGAGUCCAUUACCAGUGAUGAUGUAGGCCGGGAUGAGGGGGGCAAGAUCGGAGCAUCUUGCCUGAAACAGAACCACGCAAAAUUGUCAGGAGACAAAAAUAUAUAUAUUUUUUUUGUUGUAGUUUGACACAAAGUGUAUAGAUGUUAGUGGCAAUGACUGUAAAACAGCCAGCGGAUCCACUGUAUGUGCUGGGUUUCAUUCAAACUGCAAUCAACCAAAUGUAUGAAUCACUAAUUGACCUGCAGUAUGACUUCGCCAUUGAUGAUAGACAGUGGCAUUCACACAAGGGGUGUGAAAGAAUGCUGAAAGUGGACACCUAUUUACUGAAACUGCCAUUUACCCAAGGGAAAUAAAGAUACUGCAGAUGGUCAGUUGAAAUCAUUUAAACAUUUUAAACAAUCUUCCACUGUGUGCUCAUGCUUUCCGUCACCUUUGAGAAAUUGGCUUGUGGGAAAACCAGCACUAACACAGUGGAGCCCCAGUUCAGGGAAGCCUGCUGUUAAUUUUCUGCUGGAUGAUGAUCACUGUCUUUGGUUUUCGUUAUGAUCUCUGUGUCCAUGCAGUAAUUGUGGUACAGCUUCAUCACCUGUCUUGAGUUGAAUAUCUGGAACAGAUCAGUGGUUCCUACUUCUUUUGGGACUUCCCAAACCCCAAAUUAGGAGGUGUUGCUCAUGAACCAACUGGAAGCCUUCACUUUCAAUAGCAAAAAGUUAAUUUGAUGAGUUUCUAGUUAACACGCGGUGGAGCCACCCAUUUUCGGGGUGUAGAGUCCAACCAUUAACUGACACUGUAUGUGGGCACUUGGAAAGGUAAAUGGCCAGUGUUCUGUAUGCUGUAAUCAAUGAACAUUCCUUCUACCUCAUCUUGUUUUCCCUGAUACUCAAAAUACACCACAAUUGAAAAACCCAUUGCUCUUAGAUAAGCUAACACUGUAGUCUGUCAAUAUAUGAAGCAGAGCUGAGUUUGAAAACUUUGAAGAGCUUGGAAGCACAAGAGGAAAAGCUUAGUCAUUUCCAUGCUUUAGCUAGCAUGUCUCAGCAUUUCUCUUCAUUUAUCUGUGAUUCGUACCCUUGCGGAUUAGCUUGUGCAACAAGGAAUAUUUGUGAUACAAGCUUAAUCAAUGUCAGCCAUAUAUUUAUUCACUCUGCUGUCCUGCUGUGCGAUAUUUUUUUUAUUUGUUUGUUUGAUUUCAAGGAAGUAUCUUCACUGUUAACAGGGAGGGUAAUUUUUAUUUGAGGAGGUUAUACGUUUAUCAUCCACCAAAACUUGCUUUGCACAGUUCUGCUUUAUUUUGCUAUUUCAAAGUGCAAUUUCUCACACGCAUUGAGAGGAGCGUCUCGCUUUGCCCUGCUGUGUUUCUGUGAAGAUCGUGGUUAUGCUUUUCACAGGAAGCUUAUGUUACUUCAUUCUUGUUACCGCAAACAUUUUUGGGUUUAGCUCACGGUCACCCCCUUUUCUAUACUGGGCCUGAAAGGAUGAUGAAUGCAGGUGCGUAUUUCCUCUGCCAAAUUGGCCAGUGCCACUCGGGUUUAGUUCUUGUUUGGUUAUGACACAGGAAGGUUUCCAUUGCAUCAUAGUGUAUAUCGGGUCCAAACAUUGCCUUCCUACUCAUUCAGUUCUCAUGCCGCGUAAUGUCAUCUGUGCCGAUGAAAGGCUGUGCUGGGACAGAAUUUUCAUUUUAGGUCGUAAUUCUUUCAGAGCUAUUUAAUGUGUGGGGGAGAGUGAGCGCGUCUUGAGACUUUCAACCCCGGAGUGUGUUUCCGGGAUAUGUAGUUCUCACUCUUGUCAGCAGCAGGGCAUUAUUGGACUUUAUCUGCCAUCCCACAUCCCUCCUCUGUGACCCUAGCGCUGGAGUGUCUGUCACGUCAGAUUUAUAUGUUCUGGGUUUUUUUGGGGGUGUGCACAUGCGUUCAAGCAACUCAUUAGAGGAAAUGCUUGCUUUAAAAAAAAUAAAAAAAAUAAAAAAAUUAAAAUUAAAUAAAAAAAGUGCAUCUUAUGUUAUCUGAAUUUCAAUGUACGUCACAUGGUUUGACAGGCGGUGAGAAAUCCUGGAAUGAAACCCCCAGUGGUACAGUGCCUGGGGGCUUUCUACAUGGCCUGGAGUGGCCUGCUGGGUAGGACAGGUGAAAAUCAUUUUGCUGGCUAUUUUCAUGUGUUGUUGUGCUGGACAGCUGCUGUUAUGGAGGUGAUGUGUUCUGUGUGACCAGGUCUGUCAGUGCCAACCCUGGUCAGGUCAUGCUGGAUCUAAGCAACUGGAUCUAACAGUCUUUCCGAGAGGCUGCUUGUCGUAGAGAUGGUUGGCGUUUGUCCUUCUAGUACCCGUGUAUUUAUUAGGAAUCCAUUUGACUGAACAGCCCAAAUGGGCAGCCUGUUCUUUUAGCCCAGCCGUGUGUUCUGUGUGUAAAAAGAAAAAUAAGUUUUGCAUUGCAUGUGAAACGUAUGAGGUGUUCUGCUACGAUGCACUUUAUCUGAUCCUCUCUCAAAGCCUUGUGAAUACAUGUACAGAUGAUUAAACGUUUUUAGACAGAUUUGUUUCUCCGGAGUAAAGAUCUGAGAGGUCAUCAUGACAUCAUCAACACCUUCCUCAUGCAUUUUAACUGUGAAGGCAAGGGUGCAGUUAUUCAUUACUUUCUUUUGAAACCAAAAAGAGCAAUGCAUUUGUUGGGACGGUCUCAAGGAGUCAAGGCCAAGAUUGCAGUCGUCUUCACUUGACAAAGAUAUGGGCCUCCAACUCUAGUAAAAACCUCUUCCCAUUAAUACAAAAAUACAAAAAAAAACAAUGGGAUUCUAUGCAACAUGUGUUUCUUAUUUCUUUUUAUUUUAAGCUUUAAGGCUCUAGAUGUUUUCCCCACAGAAUUACACACAGCCCUUGGCAGUGGAUAAUGUGCAGGAGGUCAUUAAAGGUCAGGGUGUGGUAAUCCUGCUGAGAGCCUACAGUUCAGUGAGGCGGGACCGUGCGCGGUAGCGACAGCUGCCGUCACGACCUGGAAGACCUCAUCCGGGCUCACAUUGCAUUGAGAAGAUCGUCACCUCUUUUCUUUACGUGCAUGUCUCCGUCUGGGAAGCGCCAGGGUAUGCUUGUGGUGGUGAUCGUGGUGUCCGUCGUGAAAGAUGUGGCCAGGAGUCACCGGACUCGUGCAUGCAAGCCACCUCUGUCCCCGCGUGGUGAGCCCCGGCCGUGGGCUUUCAGAACGGAAAAGAGUUCAAAUGUGAAACCUUGUACAAUUGGUGUUGUAAAGAGAGAAUAUUUUAAAUCCUUGUAAAUAAUAAAUAAAAAAAAUUGUACGGGAAUAUGAUGGAGAAAGAACUCUUUGAUGCAGAGACUUCUGUCUUAUCUGUGACAUGUCAAAUAAAUAUUGUGCUGUUUCUGGG